AUGAGCACUCAAUCCGGCACUCCCUAUUCUGAUCCUACUACUUAUCGCUCAUUGUGUGGGGCGUUACAGUACUUGACAUUCACUCGUCCGGAUAUCUCUUAUGCUGUGCAACAGGUUUGCUUAUUUAUGCAUGCUCCUCAGGUUGCUCACAUGAAUGCUUUGAAACGAAUUAUUCGUUAUCUUCGAGGUACUUCUGAUUAUGGUUUAACUUUAUAUAAGUCAUCCGUAGCUUCUCUUGUCUCUUAUACGGAUGCCGAUUGGGGCGGGUGUCCUAAUACUCGUCGCUCUACAUCAGGUUAUUGUGUUUUUCUUGGUGAUAACUUGAUUUCUUGGUCCUUUAAAAGACAACCCACUUUGUCGAAGUCUAGCGCCGAAGCAGAAUACAGGGGGUUGCAAAUGUUGUCUCGGAGUCAUGUUGGAUUCGUAACUUAUUGUUAG